AUGUCUUCUAUGAUCACUACUACGGCCUGGGUGCGGCGUGGUGUCGCAGCCCAGUUUCCUACCAAGUAUGAAAUUGACGAGAAGGAAAUGGACCGGAUAUCCAAGCUUGCUCGCAUGCAGCUUGAGGAUGCCCAAGAGGAUUUGAGUGCUGCAAAGGCCGAGGAGGAAGAUACCGCUAUGGAUGAGGAUAAGAAUGAGGAUGCUAUGGAAGAUGACUCGAAGGAUGAGACCGCCAAGGAGGGCUCUGAUGCGAAGACAACCGAGGAUGAUGACGAUGUUCUCAAGGAGUUCGAUCUCGACCACUACGACAGCGAUGAGAUCGAUGAAGAUGGCGAGAAGAUUACUAUGUUCGGCAAUGUUCAGUCUUUGGCUUACCACCAGCCCAACGAGGAGGAUCCUUACCUCGUUAUUCCCGAGGACGAGGAAGAUGAGGACCGCGAGGAGCUCCAGAUUAUGCCUACCGAUAACCUCCUCUUGGCUGGAAAGGUUGAAGACGAAGUCGCACAUUUGGAGGUCUACGUUUACGAGGACCGCGCCGAUAACCUCUACGUGCACCACGACAUCAUGCUGCCAGGCAUUCCUCUGUGCCUGGAAUGGCUCGACAUGCCCGUUGGCAAGAACACCGAGGGACGUACACAGGGUAACUUUGUUGCUGUUGGAACUAUGGAGCCUGAUAUUGAGAUCUGGGAUCUCGACGUUGUGGACUCUAUGUACCCCAACGCCAUCCUGGGUCAAGGUGGCCAGGACGAGGACCGCAAGAAGUCUAAGAAGAAGAAGCCCAAGGCCAACGACGAGUACCACAUUGACUCCAUUCUGGCUCUUGCUGCUAACCGUCAACACCGCAACUUGCUUGCUUCUGCCUCUGCCGAUCGCACCGUCAAGCUCUGGGAUCUCAACACCACCUCCUGCGCCAAGUCCUACUCCCACCACACUGACAAGGUCUGCUCAUUGGACUGGCACCCUAAGGAGUCUACCAUCUUGCUGAGCGGUAGUUACGACCGCACUGUUGUGGCUGCUGAUAUGCGUGCCCCCGAUGCCAAGGCCCGCUGGGGCGUCGACUCAGACGUCGAAAACGUCCGCUGGGACCCUCACGACCCCAACUUCUUCUACGUUACCACUGACGGCGGUCAAGUCUACCGCUACGAUGUUCGGAAUGUUCCCGCCACUCCCGCCGAGUCCAAGCCCGUCUGGACCCUGCAGGCCCACGACUCCUCCGUUUCUUCAUUCGAUAUCAACCGCACUAUUCCCGGCUUCUUGGUCACUGGAUCCACAGACAAGGAGGUCAAGUUGUGGAACGUCGAGAACGACAAGCCUAGCAUGGUUGUGUCUCGAAAGCUGGAUGUCGGAAAGGUCUUCUCCACUGGCUUUGCUCCUGAUGCCGAGGUCAGCUUCCGUCUUGCUGUUGCUGGUAGCAAGGGUAACGUUCAGAUCUGGGAUGCCUCUACCAACGGUGCUGUCCGCCGCGCUUUCGUUUCUCGUCUGCCUGACUUUGAGGGUGAGGUGAAGGAGCGUAUCACCGGUUUGAACCGGGAUGACGACGAAGAGUCCGAGGAUGAAGGUGUUGAGCCUGGUGCUGAGGGCGCCAACAUGGGUCCUGAUGGAUGGGAGUCCAUGGAUGAGGAUUAA